GAACUUUCUUUAACGAACUAUUAAUGAACCAUUAAAGAUGAAAAUUAAUGACGAAAGUAAACUAAUUAAUUGGAUUGAAGAUGCUAUUUCCAAGAGUCUUAUUAGAUAUUAUGAUUAUCAAUAUUUUAAUGAUAUUCAAGAAGUUGGUUCUGGAGGGUUUGGUCAAGUGUCCCGUGCGAAGUGGAGAAAGAAUGACCAAUAUUUCGCCUUGAAAUCUUUUUUCAACCUAAACCACAUUACUAUUAAUGAAGUAAUUCAUGAGAUCAAAUUGCAACGUGAAGUAGAUUUUCAUGAUAAUAUCAUUAGAUUUCUUGGAGUUACAAAACUCGUUUCAGAAAAUAAAAAAGUGAAAGAUUAUUUAUUAGUAUUGGAAUAUGCAAACCAAGGAACUCUUAAAAAUUAUUUAAAACACAAUUUCGAUAAUCUUACUUGGAAUGAUAAGUAUAAAUUGGCUCGUCAGUUAGCUUGUGCUGUUUUAUGCUUGCAUGAUGAAGGAAUUUUACAUAACGACCUGAAUUCCGCUAAUAUACUCGUCCAUCAACAUGAUAUUAAACUAUCCGAUUUUGGAUUAUCAAAAAGAAUCAAUGAAUCAUCUAAACUUUCUAAAGUAUUUGGGGUAAUUCCUUAUAUAGAUCCAAAAAAAUUUAGUGGUACACGUACACAAAUAUAUAAAUUAAAUGAAAAAAGUGACGUCUAUAGCCUUGGAAUAUUAUUAUGGGAGAUAUCAAGUGGUCAUCCACCCUUUUCUAACGAACCAUAUGAUCUUUGUUUAGCUUUGGAAAUUUCGAAAGGUUUAAGAGAAGAGAUUGUUCCGAAUACAUCUCCCCACUAUGUCAAGCUUUAUACUGAAUGUUGGGAUGGAGAACCAUAUAAUCGACCAACUACAAGAGAAAUAGUUACAAGGCUAAAAGAUAUUAUUUCAGGAAAUUCUCCAUCGACGUUAAAAGAAAUACCGAUAAUUAGUUUGAGUACUCCGGAUAGUUCUCAGCAUGGAGAUUUAUCAAAGUUAAUCGAAGAUUUGCAUAAAAUGAAUACACGUGAUUUGGACCGAUUAGAUACAAGUACGACCAGAUCAUUAAGUAUUUAUUAUUCAAUACCAGAAAUGAAAAUGAGUGAAACAUUUAGUCAUAUAAUAAGGCCAAAUAAUGAAGUAACCGAAAAGGAUUUGGGUACGAAUGUCGAUGAAAUAGUAAAAUUUCAUUUAAAAUUAUUAAAUGAAGGGAAAGAUUCAACUACAAGAAAGCGACAUGUUCUCGAGUAUCUUGAAAAUAAUGAAAUUACUAAGGAAGAAAUUUACAAUUGGCUAUUAAAUAAUCAAAAUAAUUCAAACAAUAUUUUUUUAUUAGGAUAUUUUAAUUUUGUUGGAACCAUAAAGCCAAAAAAUUAUGAAUUAGCAUUUUAUUUAUUUAUGCACGCUAAUGCAGAAAAAGGGCACAUAUUGGCAAUAUAUUAUAUAGGAGCAUGUUAUUUAUAUGGGUCCGGAAUCAUAAAAGAUGAAAAAUUGGCCUUUAAAUUUUACAAAAUCAUUGCUAAUGAAAAUCAUACAAUUGGACAAACAAAAAUUGGUUAUUUUUAUGAAAAAGGAAUAGGUGUUGAUAAAAAUGAAAGAAUGGCUUUAGAAUGGUAUAUGAAAGGUCAUAAUAAUGGAAAUUAUUUAGCAACUUAUGAUCUUGCCCAAUGUUAUAGAUAUGGAAUAGGUGUUAAUAUAAAUUAUGAGAAAGCUUUUGAUUUAUAUCAAAAGGCCGCGAACUUUAUUCCUAUGGCUCAAUAUGAACUUGGAGUAAUGUAUGAAAAUGGUGAUGGUACUAUAAAAAAUAUAGAUCAAGCAAUUGAUUGCUACACAAAAUCCUUUGAUCAAGGAUAUCAAAAAGCUCAAGUUAGAUUAAAAGUACUUACAAAAAUUAAGAAUAGAAAGAGGAGUGAUACGUGUAAAAUAAAUUAAAUGUUUAAUUGUCAUAAUUUAUAAAUUUUUUUUUUCGAUAUACUU